CAUUGAUUUGGCAGUCAUGGUGCGAGCACUCCAAUCCGUGCGUCCGUUAUCGAUUCAAGUGUCAGGCAAAGUUAUUGCUACACCAUCGCCACUGCUUAGUCAACGACGCGCCUCCGACCGCCAUCAUGCGCACGCCGUGUAAAGUGCUCCUGGCCGUCGGGCUGGUGGUCGCGAUCGUGGCCGUGGCGCUCAUCGCCUACUUCGCUACCAAGGACGGCGACAGCCCCGGCCCCGCGACCACCCCCGCGACCGCCCCCACUUCCCCGCCAGUGCCCACCACGCCCCGCCCCCGCGGCCCCGUGGUCAAGGUGGAGCAGGGCCAGCUAGAGGGGGCGUAUGCCUGGACUCAGGGCACCGACCGUGUGCGUUACGCCUCGUUCCUGGGGGUGCCCUUCGCCCAGGCCCCCAUCGGCCAGCUGAGAUUCAAGGCCCCGAGGCCCCACCCGGGGUGGCAGGGGGUGCGGCCGGCUACGGAGGUUGCGCCGAAGUGCGCCCAGGGCAUGAACGGCGUCCUGGAGGGCAGCGAGGACUGCCUCUACCUGAACGUGUUCACCGCCAACUUGAACGAGGCGGCGAAAGCACCCGUGUUCGUGUUCAUCCACGGAGGCAUGUUCCUGGGAGGCUCCGCGGACCCGGCGCGCUUCGGGCCGGACUACUUGCUGCCGCACGGCGUCAUCGUGGUCACCGUGCAGUACCGGCUCGCCUCUCUCGGCCUCUUGAGUCUGGACACGGAGGGAAUUCCAGGGAACUGCGCGACCAAGGACAACAUCGCGGCCUUGCAGUGGGUCCACAACAACAUCGCGGCUUUCGGCGGCGACUCUGACAGAGUGACGAUCGGCGGCCAGUCGGCCGGCUCCGGGCUGGCGUCCUGGCUCACCAUGUUGCCGCAGACCAAGGGUCUUGUCCACGGCGCCAUCCUCAUGAGCGGCACCACCUUCCACAGCUGGGACUACAAGGAGUCGCAUGUGGCCACCGCCCUCAAGGUGGCCUCCAGCCUGGCCGGGCGGCCCGUCACCGACCUCCAGGACGCGGAGCGGUACUUGAUGGGGGCGAGCAUCGAGGAGCUGCACCGGCACGACGUGCUGGUGGGGGACGAGGAGAGGCAGUCGCAGCCCGAGCUGCCGUUCGUGCCCACGCCGGAGCGGCGGCCCGAGGUGCCCGGCGGGGAGCCGCGCGUCAUCACCAGGGACGCCGAGAGCUACUUCUACGACCCCGCCGCGCCGGCCAUCCCGUUCCUCAUCAGCAACACCAACGCGGAGUGGCGCUUCUACUACUACUCCAACAACCCCGAGUUGGAUCCGAAAGUCGACGAGGAGAUGGUCACCAAUCUGGCUCGCCACGUCCCGAAAAACCUUCUCCCAUUCCAAGACACGCGGAAAAUCCUGGGUCUGCCGGAGUCAACCGUUGACUACGACACAAUAAUCGAGGAAGUGAGGCAAGGCAUCCGAUCCGCCGUGACCCAGAACUGCGACCUGGGAUGCACCCUCAAGACGUACUUUGACAACAUCUGGGAAACUACGGACACACACCGCCUGGCCAUGUUCCGAGCCAAGCAAAACAAGGCGGACACUUUCCUCUUCAAGUUCAGCGUGCGGACGGAGUUGAACUCGCGCCUGGCCACCUCGGAGGACGUCAAGGACGUGGCGGUGCACUCGGACGACCUGCGCUACGUCAUGGCCAGUGCGACCCAGACGGAACCGAGCGCCGAGGCCGCCCUCGCCAUCAAGAGGAUGUCCACCAUGUGGGCAAACUUCAUCACGUACGGCAAGCCCAUCCCGGAGCCCGUGCCGGAACUGCUGCCGGUGAACUGGCCCCCGAACACCUCCGCCGACAACGACGUCACGUACUUGGAGCUCAAGGCUGACGGAUUCACCCUCCACGCCGACAGCUUCAGCGGCCCCAUGAUCCAGUUCUGGCGGGACCUGUACACCAAGUACAGAGCGGCGGCUCCGGCUCCGGCGCCCUCCGUGGGGCGGUCGGUGCGUGCGCCGGGCCGGGCGCGUGGUCUAUAGUCAGGCUCGCAUUGGCAGGCAAGGACCCGAAGCCGGAGCACCGAGUCGGCCAGAUGGAACAAAAGCUACGACAAAAUCACUGUCAUGUUGCAGUUGGGUUGGACGGUUCGGCACAGCGCGGCCUGCGGUAUGCCGCAUGUAUGUGGGGUGUGAGGCCCUCGAUUGAGCACGUUUUGGUGUUGCUGCACUUGUUGUUUCCCUUUGUUGUUGUUUUAAUGUUGGUCUAAAAUUUUAGACAUGGGUUUAAAGAAUAGAAAGAAAGUAGAUAAUCACAACUUUAA